AUGACAACUGAAGCAGUGACUGUUUUCACAGGCAACUACAAUGACAUGCUCGCAGCCGUUCCAGAAAACAAACUGAUCGUUAUUGAUUUCUUUGCAACAUGGUGCGGCCCUUGCCGCAGACUCGGCCAACAAUUACCAAAAUUGGUCCAAGAUUUUCCAAAUGUUCAAUUUUAUAAGGUAGAUAUCGAUGCUAAUGCCGCUUUAACAGAUUAUUACUCUGUACGCUCAGUUCCUCAUAUUAAAUUUUUCCGUAAAGAGACCGAUAAAUUAAACGAGCUCUAUUCCAUUACAGGAUUCGAUCUAAACAAGCUUAAAUCCAAGUUAGAACAGUACAAAAAUUAA